AUGGACGACCGUUUCGACUCCCACGUGGCGGUCGGUCGGAGCGUACCACAUUCUGUAGAAGCAAUCGAUCCCAAGAUAUACUCCGCGACCUUCUGCGCCGUUCAACGGCAGCCGUCGUCGUCGCUCGCUGCCGCCGACGACGGUUCCCACGUCGCCAAGGCAGGGUCUGCGAGAAAAGGAGGCGUACGCGUUUCGAUCCGGGGAGGCCGCGCGGAGGUUAUUAACACAGACCCUGACGCGACAGACGAUUCGUCGGACGAGGAGGAGGACUCGUUCGGCUUGCCAUCCCACGGAUUAUUCUCCGGGAACCGCCGCAAUUCACGGAGACGCGGCUUCGCCACCUCUACUGCCCCGAUGUCCGUCCGCUCGUCGAACUUCGCUGCUUCGCCGCGAUCUGCAGCAACAAUGCGAUACCCGUCCGAUCCGCUCGGGGGAACUGGCAAUGCGGUGGCCUACUCGUCUGCCGCGGCAUUGAAUUAUUAUUACGGGGGGCAGCAUUUCCCGUGCAGCCCCUCCACGUAUGGCUACACCGCGCAGAGGAAUUACCACGGUGGUUUAGUAGGCGGCGCUUCGGGCGCGGCGAGCGCCGGACCGCCGGCGAUGAUUGCGACGAGCAGAUUGUCGUGCUCCGUCGCUGGCUGUUGUGCUGCAAGUGCGGAUUUGCCGUACGGCGGAGGAGCCGCGAAUUCUGCCGCUUUCGGCGCUUAUUACAGCGCCGCUUACGGGUACUCGUUUGGAAGCUCUCCCAUUCUCUCGGCUACGCACGGCCAUGCCCAGGAGCUGGCCGAUCAGCAUCAGCAACACCUCAAUCAAUUCGACCGUGACAUGCGGCAGCAGCCGAGCGGUUACAUUGGCGCCCCCGGCGCGCCUUCUGCGCUACGCAGCUCAAUUCCCCUCCACGACGGAUCCCGCGUCGCCACCGGGUCGAUGAGUCAAGUUCCUGACGUCAGGCAAACCGGAUCGUACGGCGCGCCGCAAUCCAUGGCGCAUUCCGCCGCGUUCCGCGUUAUGGGGGAGGAUCAGGCGACCAUCGCUGCCGCCGCGAUGCGACCAGUUAUUGCCGCAUCAGGUUGUCACGCGAAUGGCGGCGAGCGCAGCGAUCUGUCGCAAUCAGCGCAUCCGUCGGAGAAGCUUUCGGCCCCGCCGAUUCACCUCCCCGCCGGCAUUUCGACUGGCAUGCCGUACCUGCCGCAUUUCCCGGGAGUCCCCGUCGAUGCGCACGCGCUGGCCCAGGCGCAGCAAGCGGGGAUGAAGCGCAAGCUGGUGAUCGGCGGGAAGGCGGCGAGCGGAGUAAGCGGAGUGAGCGGAGCGGGCGGAGCGAAGAGGCAGAAGGACGGCGCAGGGGCGGACGCGAGUCACAGCACGUGCAGCACAAUCACCGCCAGCGGCGGUGGCGGCAGCAGCAGCAGCGACGGCGAGCAUCCCGACGCGCAUUCACCGCGAUCCGCGCACGCCAGCGCAACGACCGCGCACGUCUCCAAUUCCGCCUCCCCCGGGGCUGCGGUCUCGUCCGGUUCUCCCCCGCCCGCGAAGCACGCCAGCAGCUGCGUGUUCCGGGGCGUGCGCCAACGGCCGUGGGGCAAGUGGGCGGCCGAAAUUCGCGACCCGACGCGCGGCGUGCGCGUGUGGCUGGGAACGUACGACUCGGCCGAGACGGCCGCUAAGGCGUACGAUGCUGCCGCGAGGGCGAUCCGCGGUGCCUCUGCUAAAACCAACUUCCCGUUGGCGGAUUGCGCGUCCGCUCCAGCUGUCUCUCCUACUGACGUUCCUUCUGCUCCUAUUCCCUCUGCUGCCGUUGCGCCUCUGCCUCUGGCUACCGCUGCUGCGUGCGACACACCGCUCGUUCCCGCUAGAACCGCUGCUGCCCGGCUCGGGAGCAUCAACCUUAUGGCACCGCCGCCGCCAGCCAUGGCCAUGCACAGCCAUCAGGGCUCAUCAGGCAACACUGUAGCCGCCGCCCCCGCAGCAGGCGCAGCCGCCAUGGCUACACUGAGCAACGGGCAGCUGAUGAAGCCUACUGGAGUCGUCGUCCCCUCGGGGAAAGGCUCGCGCCGUGCUGCUGCGUUUCCGGAGGUGGCGACGCCGCGCGGCGCGCUGCUUCCGCGCAUCGCCAGCUGCACGUCGUGCGUGGCGGACGCGGAGCCCGAAAUGGCCGCCCCCUCCGCGCCUAUCGUUCCGCCGCAGGCGCCGGCGGAGGUUGCGGCGACUGCAGCUGCUGCUUGUGCGCGUGGUGGUGAGUCCAGCGGGUGCGCCCGCACCAGGCCCCCCUCUGCGCCGCCUACUGCUGCUGCUGCUUCCGCUGCUGUUGCCUCCCCUGUCGCUCCUGCUAAAACUGCUGGUUGUGGCGCCAAUCUAGCCAAUCUGGCCCUGGACGAUAUGACGUUGGAAGCAUUGAGUAGCCCCCACGAGGCAUUGAGUAGCGACGAGGCUGCAGCGCUGCUGGAUAUGGAGGUGGCGUGGAGUCUGGACCUGGCGGAUUGCAUGGGCGGCAACGAUGCUGGGCUGUCGCUGCUGCUGGAGGGCAGUCUGACGCACAGCGCCAGCGUGCAGGAUCUGGAUGAGAUUUCGUGCGCGCUUUUCGACGGUGAGGAUGAGGCGCUGCUCAUGCAGGGCGCGUUUGAUCUGCCUGCGUGCUUCGGAGGGGAGCUGCAGGAAGUAGAGGAGGAGGAGGGUGGAGAGGAAGAGGCACAGCAGGAGGGGAGGGGAGAGGAAGGUGGGCUGAUGCUGACUGCCUCUGUGAGGGUGAGUGGGUGGUCCGGUGGUAGCAAACAGAAGGAGGGGGAGGGGGACAAGGAACAGGAUGACCUGCUACUGCACCUGCCGGAGGGGUGCUUGGAAGGCAUGGAUGGGUUGGAGUGCAUCGGAGGGUUGGAGGAUGGGGAUGGGUUUGGGGAGGAGGAUCUGCUGGGCGGAGAGUUGGAGCUGAUGGAUGCCUGGGAGGUGGAGGGAGUGUCGCUGGACUUUAUGGAUGAGCUCGAUAGCGUGCUGCUCAUGGGCAGUGGCUCGCACUCUGGCAGCAAUGCUGCCUCCGCUCUCACACAGUAG